AUGGACCCCAACGAUCCUAACGUCUAUGAAUGGAAGAAAACGAAGGACCACAUCCAGAUGCUUGGUUUUUGGGCCGAUGGUAACUACGGCAUUAUGACAUGGUGUCCUUGCGGUGAGGGUUUGAUCCAAGAAGUUGUUGACGGGACAAGAUACUACACUGCGAGCAGUACAAGCGUCCUUCACGUUCGGAAGAGGUGGGAUCUGGCUAUUGAAGAGGAGGUUCUUAGGCUAAGGGAUUCAAAUGAAGCGCAGACCACGAAGAUUCGUCAACUUAAUGGGGAGCUUGACAUUGCUAAAAGGAAGGCUACAAGGGAGGUUGGAGAGGAGGUUGCGAAGCUCAAGGAGGAGAAUGCAGAGCAGGCAAACCAGAUUCAUGACCUCACUGCUCAACAGGAAAAGCAAUACCGAGGUUAG